AGAUUGAGCCUAAACAAGGGGCUGGGGACGAUACUGCACUUAACGCAAUUAAGCUUGUGUGUUUGUCACUAGAAGGAAAACACUUUGGUGGAACAAUCACUUCAACUGUUGGACUUUUUGGAGACUGGGGUGGCGAACAUAUGUGUCCUGAUAAUACGUUUCUAAAGGAGUUUGCGUUACAAGUUGAAGAUGACCGACAUGGCGGGGACGACACGGCUGCGAAUUAUAUCAAGUUCAAGUGUGGACGUAUGGAUUCUGAGCGACCAACUUUCGAACUAGAACAGGCACCUGGUCAUGGAUUCUGGGGAACAAUGGGUGGGUGGAGUAAAGCAUGUCCCACAAAUUCCUCAAUAUGCGGCAUACAGACUAGAGUGGAAGAUGAUCAACAUGGCGGAGAUGACACUGCUCUUAAUGAUGUCAAAUUCUUCUGUUGUAACGAUGACUCUUGGAAUUAAAAAAUGAAACAAAACAUCAAAAUAAAUAUUUGUUUAGAACAAUU